UCCCGCGUCACUGGCAUCUCCAGUUGAAGAGACGCGAUGGCUUUAGCGGAUCCAUCAUGUGGAAUAUCAAAUUGCAAAGAAUCCACGUCUCCGUUUUCCGAAAUUAUUGAACUAAAUGUUGGAGGACAAGUGUAUGUGACACGGCAUACGACUUUGACAGCCGUGCCGGGUUCUCUCCUCUGCAACAUGUUCAGUAAGAAAACGCCGAAAGAGCUGGCACGGGACAGCAAGGGUCGUUACUUUUUGGACAGGGACGGGUUUCUUUUCCGCUACAUUUUAGACUACCUACGGGAUCUAAAUCUGGUUUUGCCAGACUAUUUUCCAGAAAAGAGCAGACUACAGAGGGAGGCACAAUUUUUUCAGCUACGGGAACUAACCAAGCUCUUGAUUCCCAAAAUGAGUAAAGACAACUCCAUCACCGAUGAGAUCUGCCAGAGUGAUUCGGAAGAACCGUCGGUGCAGAGCGCGACUCCGCUGGUCGGACCGGACCCCUCACGCGCGCUGUCCGCCGUCAGCACCGCUCGUUCUCCAUCCCUGGAGUCCAAGAAGACGGGCUACAUCACGGUCGGUUACCGGGGUUCAUAUACAAUAGGAAGAGACAUACAGACAGACGCCAAAUUCAGGCGAGUCGCGAGGAUCACGGUGUGCGGGAAAACUUCUCUCGCUAAAGAGGUGUUCGGAGACACUUUGAACGAGAGCAGAGACCCGGACCGACCUCCGGAGAGGUACACAUCACGCUAUUAUCUGAAAUAUAAUUUUCUCGAGCAAGCGUUUGACAAACUGUCCGAGCUUGGCUUCCAUAUGGUCGCGUGCAGCUCCACUGGCACGUGCGCUUAUUCCAGCAGUGAUCCGAACGAGGACAAGAUCUGGACAAGCUACACAGAGUACGUUUUCUGUCGAGAAUGAGUCCGCAUUUGUUACAUGAGAACGUCUAUGUGCAUUAAAUACAAUAAGAGAAGUAUAAUGGAGUUGCACCUGCUAGUCGUCUCGUUGUUAGCGUCACAGGAUCCACACAAUCUGAACAUUUAAAGCGAAAUUCCGGGUUUAAUACAAGUUAAACUCAAUCGACAACAUUUAUGGCAUAAUGUUGAUUACCGCAAGCAAAAAUAAAUAAACAAAUAAAUAAAUUUCACGGCCCUCCUUUUCUUAAAAAAUAAAUUUCUAUAUAAUAAAAUAAAUAAAGUAAUCUGGGCUACAAUGAGGCACUUUCAAUGGAAGUGAAUGAGGUCAAUCCGUAAAUGUUAAAACACAAUAUGCAUUUUAACAUGACUUUAAUGUGACAAAAUUGCUUACUUAUAUAGCCUACUUAAGAUUACUUAUAUCGAGUUUUGCAACUUCGUUGCCAUGACGACAUGACGCAGUACGCCCAAAAACCGUUACAUGACUGUUAUACUAUUUAAAUAACUUCACAGCUCAAAUAAUAUAUGAGUUUUAACAGCAGAUUUAAUAUAAUUGCCUUUAUAAAACUAAAUAUUUCGCAUUUCUCCUUUUAAACCCUCUGAAAAUUGGCCCCAUUCUCUUUCAUUGUAAGCGCUUCUUGUAACCUUUUGCUUCUUUUUUCUUUCUUUCUAUUUUUUUAAGAAAAGAACGGAUGAUUCGAAAUAAUUUUUUUUUGGUAAUCAACAUUAUGCCACAAAUGCUGUCGAUUGAGCUUAACUUGUGUUUAACCUGGAAUAUUAUUUUAAUAAUACAUCUUAUAUCCAGUAAUUCACGAAUGCAUGAAUUGCGUUACUAUAGUGAUGCAUUCUUCAUAGCUUUUUUUUUUUUUUUUUUUUGUCAUUUGUUUUCAUUCUUUAUUCAGAUUUGUAUUCAGAUGGCCUAUUAAUGAAACGUUCACAUGCUAUGUAUUUUGUAUGUGUUAGUCAUUAUGCACCAAACGUUGCUUUAUUAAACAUGGCAGAAACACAGACCAUUUUUUUUCGAAAUAAGUUCAAUUAUGUCCUUUAUACAGGCUCAGAAUUUUUUAAUGGUAGUAUUGUACUGACUACAUUUUUGUUUACAUUCCAGUUUUAAAUGAGUGUGCAGUGAGAUUUGUUUGUUUUUGUCUUAGGUUCAAAACUUACUGUUUCUAUGUUCAUAUCUGUGUAUUAAACAAUGUGCACCUUUUUAUUCCAGCUGUAAAAGUGAG